UAUCAUUGAUCCAAUCAUAAAUUUUUUUUUUUUUUUAAUUGCUAAAAUUCCUUUUUUUUUCCCCCGAUUGUUUAUUUGAUGACCUAUCAGAAACGAGGGGUGUGCGUUUUGAUUAGAAAAAUUGCGAGUGAAGUGUCGGUGACAGUGCGUUUUCGCAGUGAAAGUGACGGCGUGUUUCGGCGGUAAGAAACAAAAACAAAACGACAUUUCGAAUCGGUGCGUGAUUGUAAAUCCGAUAAGAAAUAAAAACAGGACAAAUCUUUCAAUUAUUGUCGACUUAAAGUGGACAUUUUGCUUAAGAUUAAAAGCACUGCAUCAUCAUGAAACCGUCAACAUCGGUCAUGAUGAUUGUCUCGUGGUUCCUUCUCAUCGGUUGGCCGUCAAGCAUCGCUGAAGUGCGACUGGAUUCGGGUUGCAUUAAGCCGGAGACGCCCGAGCAUGGUGAAAUGUUCGUGCUGUGGUCCGGCCUUUUGGUGCAGUUCCGUUGUCAAAGCGCCGAGUACAAACUGGUCGGACCGGCCGCCGUUAUUUGCCGCAACCGGACUUGGACUCAAGACCCGCCCGUCUGCAUUCAUCAUCAUCAGCUGCAACAACAUCUACAACAACAACAACAACAACAAUCUACCGGUGACGACGAUUCGUCGGAAGUGGCCGAAACGAGUCAAACGGUGGACGACGAUCAAGACGGAAUGGACGACGUCCAAUUGAACGGAUCCAGUGCGCCAUUAUCGAUGAUGGCGGCGGCAGACGAGGAUCCCGUCAGCCGAGGCAAAAAGAAAAACGGAGGUGGCAAUAAAGGCAACAAGAAGGACGACAAGAAAGAGGACAAAAAGAAACCUGCCAAACAGUCGUCCAAAGAGCCGAAAAAAGAGGACAAAAAGCCAAAGACUCCAGCCGCAGAAAAGAAGAAUAAAGGAAAAAAAGGCAACGAUAACAAACAUUCGUCGGCUAAAGCGAGCACGGUGACAGAAGCGAGAAAUGUCAACGAGGUGGAAUCGACGGAUGGAGCGGAAGAAUCGAAUCAAAACUCGCCAGUGGAUUUCGCUACACUCGAUCAAUCGUGCCUGGUCGAUGCCGAUAACAGCAACAGCCCAAUCGCGCCCGCUCCAGCAAUUCCUCACGGAUCCGGAAUCAAAUACAUACGGAAACGAAACAAAGGGCCGGGUGCUGGUAACCGGUACGCUGCCGCCGUGUUCCAGUGCGCUGCCGGCUACCAGUUUGUCGUCCCGGAUGCAGAUCGCCUUUACUGCCGGCAAGGGCGUUGGAUCGGGCCUAGCCCCAUCUGCAUCAUCUCCAGCGCUGACCAUCCCGAUCAAGACGCUAGUUCAGUGAGCAAUAACGCGCUGACCGAGCGAGAGGAAGAGACAUCGAACGCCGGCAGCUAUGGCGGCCAACGUUCCGAAUGCGGAGAGGAUAAAGGAGGUUGCGAGCAGAUCUGCGACGACACCAGCGGCCGGGCGACUUGUUUAUGCUACAGAGGCUACGUCCUAGCAGAAGACGGAACCACCUGCACAGAUGUGGACGAGUGCGCGGUUGACAACGGCGGAUGCGAGGGAACUUGCGUCAACCGACAAGGAUCGUACCAGUGCUUCUGCUCCACGGGAUUCCGCCUGGCCUCCAACGGCAAAAAAUGCAUAGAUCAUAAUGAAUGUUUGCUGCGCAACGGCCACGGGCCGUGCCAGGGCACUUGCCGCAACACUCACGGCAGUUACGAGUGCAGUUGCGACGAGCGUCCAGGGACCCAAUUGGCGGCCGAUGGCCACUCGUGUGAAGAUUUAGACGAGUGCAGUUUGGGAGAUAAUUUCGGUUGUUCGCAUACCUGUCUCAACACGCUCGGAACGGCUUUUUGCACCUGUCCCGAUGGCUACAUGCUCGGUGAUGAUUGGAAAACAUGCGAAGAUAUGGACGAAUGCGAGUUGGAGGACGUAGGACAAGCUUGCGCGGGUACGUGCAUCAACACGAUAGGAUCGUUCCGGUGUUCGGAGGAGGACGGAGCUUCAUCGCAAGAGGAAGGAGAAAAUGGCGAGAACGAAGACAAUGAAGAAGUGCCGGAAGCUAUUCAGGAAGCCAUUCCCUCAACUACCACUCCCCGUACGACAACGACGAUGACAACAACAACUACCACUCCUGCGCCAACCUCUACGACAGCCACUCCAACGACUACAACAGCCCCAACGACGACAGCUGCUACGACAACUACCACAUCAACGACAACGACCGAGACCCCUAUCAUCGCGGCCGCCGUUCCGGUUGAAGAGGAAGCCGAAGAGGAUGAAGAUCCAGAGGAAGAUGAGGCUGACGAGGAAGGGGAGGAGGGAGACGAAGAGGAACCGGAAGAACUGGAAGAUAGGGCCAAUAGAAUCGACAACUCUGCCACUGCCACUACCACUACAACAACAACGAUGGCCACGAACAUCAAAGAGGAAAAGACUUUCGAAUUGGAUCAGACAUGUCCGGAAGGGUUUCAACUAGCUGAUCGGCUGGCCGAAGUGGAAGAUGGAUCGGCCUGUCUAGAUGUCGAUGAAUGCGAAGCGCAAGAUCAAUUCGGGUGCUCACAUCUCUGCAUCAAUACUCAAGGAUCAGCUCAUUGCGACUGCCCCAGCGGCUGGAAGCUGAGCAAUGAUGGGAAAACGUGUCAAGAUUUAGAUGAAUGUACAGACAACAAUUUCGGGUGUUCGCAUCGAUGCAUCAAUACGGAAGGAUCUGCCUACUGUGCCUGCCCUUCCGGCUACGCGUUGGACAUUAGCAACAACAAGACGUGCAGCGACAUUGACGAAUGCUCCGAUCAAGAUCUACCCAAUUUCGGAUGUUCGCACCACUGCAUCAAUCUGCCAGGGGGCGUCGAAUGCAAGUGCACGGCCGGAUACAAACUGCGCGCUGAUCAGAAAACUUGCAAAGAUAUCGAUGAGUGCGCUAAAGAAAACGGAGGCUGCUCACACGAGUGCGUCAAUCUCAAAGGCGGAAUGAGGUGCGAGUGUCCGGAAGGAUAUCGUCUAAGUGAAACGGACGCAAAAACGUGUCAAGACAUUGACGAAUGCGAAUCGGGGGAUCAAGAAGCUGGGCACUCGUGCCGCGCAACUGGCGGGACCUGCCGCAACACCCUCGGCUCUUACGAAUGCAUCUGCCCGGAAGGAUUCCGCACGACUGGCACUGCAUGCGCAGAUAUUGACGAAUGUGCUGAAUUGUCGCCUUGCUCGACGGCCUGUACCAAUUUACAAGGAUCGUACCGAUGCGAUUGCGACGACGGGUUCGAAAACAUCAACGGAACAUGCGCAGACAUCGACGAAUGUCCGAACGGAGUCUGCGAUCAAUUGUGUACCAAUAUCCCAGGAUCCUACAUCUGCGAUUGUCACCCAGGAUAUCAAUUGAUUGGAGACGUGUGUAUAGAUAUCGACGAGUGCGCCACCACCAGUCCCUGUGACGGCAUUUGCCGCAACACUGUCGGUUCCUUCGAAUGCCUUUGCGCCGAAGGUUUCCAGAUCAACGACAAAAACGGCCAGUGCGUCGAUAUCGAUGAAUGCCUCAACGAGCCCUGCGAGGGCAUUUGCAUCAACACCCAAGGUUCUUACUCUUGCUCCUGUGAGCUUGGAUACCAACUCGGCAAUAAUGGAACGUGUUCAGAUAUCGACGAAUGCCUGAACAAUCCGUGCCCAGUUGAAUGCAUUAAUUCACCGGGCUCCUACACUUGCCUUUGCCCCUUUGGUUACGAGUUUGACGACAACGUUUGCAAAGACGUGGACGAGUGCCAAAAGGAACCAUGUGGUAAUCUAGCCAAAUGCGUCAAUACAGAAGGAUCGUUUACGUGCCAGUGUGAACCUGGUUACAGUCUCCGAGGCAACGACUGCGAAGAUGUGGACGAAUGCAAAGAAAAUCCUUGCAAUGGCAUUUGCAUUAAUUUACCUGGAUCAUAUCAAUGUAUUUGCGACCCCGGAUACGAGCUUCGAAAUGGCCGUUGUGAAGAUAUUGACGAGUGUUUGAACUACAAAUGUGGAGGUCGAUGCAUAAACUUGCCAGGCACUUAUCGCUGUGACUGUGAAAGUGGCUAUAAACUUGAAGGGGAACGCUGUGUCGAUAUCGACGAGUGUCAGACGCUGAAACCCUGUAAGGGUAGCUGCACAAAUUUGCCUGGAAGUUAUCGCUGUGAUUGCGAAGCUGGUUAUCGAAGUGAAGGAAAUGCAUGCAUUGAUCUUGACGAAUGUAGCCAUCGUAAUGGAGGAUGUUCUCACAUUUGCGUCAACACGAUUGGAUCUUUCCGCUGCACGUGCAACCCGGGCUUCGAUGUCAGCCACAAGAAUCAGAGCAAUUGCGUGGAUGUCAACGAAUGUCGUUCCAAUAAUGGUGGCUGCAGUCAAGAUUGCAUUAAUACGCGUGGUGCCUAUCACUGUACUUGCAGCGAUCAGUAUUACUUGGAAGCCGAUGGGCGGACGUGCAUUGAACUGCCGCCUAGAUGCCCGAAAAUGAAGGCUCCUGAUCAUGGCGAAAUAGAAUGCAUUCAGAAUUUGAAUCACACUCAACACAGGUCUCGUGAGCAAGAGGACGAGGCACUGAUCGCUGAGAACGGACGAGGCGAUUUAGGUGCCAGUGGAUGGUCAGCCAAUCGUUCACUUAAAUCUCGUUCCCUUUACAAUUCCGGAUCAACGUGCAUCAUCCGGUGCAAUAAAGGAUACAAGCUGGUUGGAGAUUCCACAAUCUCGUGUGGUCGAUCUGGACUUUGGCUAGGAGAACCUGCCACUUGCAUACCUUUAGCAUGCCCCAAACUGCUGGCGCCUGAUAGCGGCGUUCUUAUGCCACAUACCUGCUCUACCGGAAAGACAUUUGCUGGCCAACAAUGUCAAGUAAGAUGCCGUGCCGGAUACAGACUCAUCGGUGGAGGUAUCUAUCAUUGCUUGCCAUCUCAGCAAUGGCGCAGCCCAGACGAACCAGCUCGCUGCGAACGCAUCGAUAGUCCAGUUCCAUUCAUCCAGUGCCCGGGUAAUAUGGCAGUAAACCUUCCACCACAAGAAAAGCGAGCUUACAUCACCUUCUCUCAACCGAAAUCUAAUAUGGACUGGUUCCGGUACGUGGAUUCGGAUCCUUUAUGGGCCAAACAGUUGGGUGGAGAGUUGCCUGUCGGUUUGAACACCAUCACUUUCCGUGUCCGAUCACCCGUGUCUGAUUUAACAGCCACGUGCAACUUCACCAUCGAAAUAUUUGAUAAGGAAAUACCACGUAUGACUAACUGUCCAACGUCUUGGACUGUUUUCCUGGAACCGGGCCAAUCUUCACAGAUCGUGACAUGGAACGAGCCUAUUUUUACCGACAACAUAGAGAUCGUCCAGCUAAACAAAUCCAGGGAACCUGGAGAGUUGUUCCAGGCUGGUUAUCACGAAAUCGCAUACGUAGCACAGGAUGGAGCGGGCAAUCAGGCCAAGUGCCAGUUUACUAUACACGUCACGAGUCAAACCGUUCACAGAGAUACAAGUUCUCCCAUCACUAAGUUGCCAAGAGGUCGAGUGCUGGUCCGAUGCCCCGGUUCUAAGCCGGGCAAGUACGUCGAGAUGUACACGUACAAGGUCCCGGCUGGUUGCAUCGUCAUCAAUAAUCCCAGCGCUUACACGCGAGCCACGGUCACGACAUUGGCUCCACGCUAUACGGUGUUUGAUUGGGAUUUCGGCGCAUCGAGCGGCAGCGAAGGAGGUGAAGGCCGGGAUUCGGCCAAUACUGGCCGACAUCCAGCAUCUCACAACAAAUUAGUGGAUGGUGUCCCUCGGCUGCGAGACGCAGCGGCUCCUUCUUCUCCCGUCAUUCUGCCCGGCCCUGCCUUGCUCCCAUCAAUGGGUAGCCAACCGCUGAGGCUCAACGGUCGUGCACGCAAAUCCCGCAUUACAGAGCCCGGUCUCCAGCUGAUACCCAACGUUCCGUCAGGUUCUAACGAUCCAGUUGACCAGUCGGGUAGAGGAAACAAGAACCGCAAUCGUGACAAGAAACGAGGAGGAGUAGUAGAUCUUCUACUUCCUUUCACGGCGAACGAUGCUGUGCUGCAAAGCACGACCACCAUACGAUCCGGUAGGAAACGUCAACAGGGACCUAAGCAUCAGCCUAAACUUGUCCCAGGCCCCAGUUUCGUACCGGACAAUGAACGUAACAGGAAACAAAAGGAGAAGAAGGACAAAAACGCUUCUGGUGCGACUUCAAACACUCGGAAAAACAAAACAACUACAAGCUAAAGCGUAGCUUCCAGAAAGAAGAAACAUCACAUUUUUUUUUUUUUUUUUUUUUUUUGUUAUUUACUUGAGCUAUCUUUUCGUAAAGGUUUUCUCCAAAAAUGAUAAACUUGAUGCAACGGAAUGGGGGGAGAUUGGACUCGGGUGUAUAGUCUCCUGCGAGCCGAAAAUGGGAAGAACAACUGAUGAUUAAAUGUUGUAUACUAUUAAAACCCUACUUAUUUUCUGUUUUUUAAGAUGAGAAAAGAUUGAGAAAGGAAUUAUUGUGAGCGAUUCUGUAUAACAUUAACGGUUUUCAAUUAUCAUUUUUAGCUUACGCUGUAUAAAGUUUUGCUUAGUAAUCCGUAACUAUGUUACACAUCUGUUCUGUAAGGCCACGGAAUUUACAGUCCCCUCUACGCCAACGUCGUACUCGAUUGCUGCUGAAACUUUUUCGACGAUGGAUGGGCAAAAUAAAACUGUUUUAUCUGAUGAGAACAAGAAAAUAUGAAUACUCGAUUGAACUAUGGUGACAGGAAUCACCAGGAGAAUAAGAUGAAAUUUCGUGCUCGAGUGCCUUUUGAACUGUAAAAUGCCAGAAUCACUUCGUUCGAAUAUUUUGAUUGUUCAAUCUUUUUUGAACCAAGUGUUGGAAUACAUUGGACAUGGUCUCACAA